CCUAUACGCAGAGAGUAUCAAUCUGCAUAUAGGCCUACUGUGCAUUUCCUUGUUAUUAAGUAGGUCCUUAAAUUAGGGUGAGGAAAGUAUAGUGCAGUCUUCAUGGUGUAAAAGGAUAGCCUCAGUACCGACCUACGCAGUGACGACUGAGUUGUACAGCAGUUGUAUCAUAGGAAGGCAAUUGUCAGUUCCAGAACCAUGGCCGACUCCCUGAAGUAUAAAUGUGUUGUCGUCGGCGACUCUGCUGUGGGAAAGACAUCCAUGUUGAUGACGUACCAGCACGACAGUUUUAAUGAAAACCUAAACGUGGAUGUUUGUGACGGUUUUAUGACUGAGGUCGCUGUGGAAGACACUCCCUGCCAAUUGCAGCUGGUGGACAUCUGUGUGACUGAGGGAGAUGAUUAUGACAGAAUUCGGUAUCUGAGUUUCUACGAUACGGACAUCGUCAUUAUAUGCUUCUCAUUGGUCGACAGAUCAUCUCUCGAGAACGUGAAGUCAAGAUGGCUACCGGAAAUAAAUCAACAUCCAUCUUUGAGGAGCGCCAUCUAUAUGCUCGUAGGAACCAAAUCAGAUCUCCGAGGUGAUCAAGACGUCAUUGCGAGGCUACGGGAACAGGAUGAGGAACCUAUCGAUGUAACAGAAGGAAGGCAGGUCGCAAAGGAUAUUGGUGCAGCUGAUUACGUCGAGUGUUCUUCAUGUUUAAAGGAGACUCUUUCGGCAGUUUUUUGCACCGCGGCUUGGCAUAGUAUGCAGAAGAAGGAGAUGGGCCAAAGACGUCGGCGCCGACGUCAUACCUGGAAAUAUGCGUGCUAUCUUUUUUGUUAUGCAUGUUGGUGCGGAUGUUGCAUGUGCUGUUGCCCUGAUAAAUUUUAGUAGACUAACAAACAUGCGUCCUGGUAUCGUGUUAUAUAUAUGUAGCGUGCACUGUACGGUUUGUGGUACUGCCAAGCGUUUAGUCAGAAGUACUUCCCAGUAGACCACCGGUUUUAAUACAUUUUUGUUAAUAAACUUUAAUAUUGAAGAGGAACACGUACGCUCCGUUUAUCUUCGAUUUUCUUCUUUGUUGCAUCUGAUAUUCAAUGGGAUACUACAAAGAAAAUGCCUUGAACCUAAUUUUGUUCUUCAUUAUUUUGGUUAGAUAUUGGUAGUUGUUACGUGUAUCCAUGUCUAUUUGAAUCUAUAGUCAGUUCGGAAAGGCAACUCUUCCACAAUACCUGUAUGUGCUUCCAUCUUUUCUAAUCAAACUUAGAAUUGCCGGUUUUGUUUAAACACUGGCUAUACAAGUAAAUAACACCAAAACAAAUAUGUACUUUAAUCAAAUCUA